CUAUUGGCAGAACUUCGAAUUACUGGAGCAUCGUCGACACAACGCCGAGACUGCGCUUUCUUCGUCACCGCAUCACCGAAUCAUCGCCAAGCAAUCCAGAUUGAAUUUCAAUGUUUCCAGAACAUGUUUGAGCGAUCGACAGAGAGGUGAACAGCGGAAAAUGCGCGAAACAUCGCGACGCAGCUUCACUGUCAUUGGCGUCCUCCACCUGCUCGUCCUGGUCGGUCUUUUCGCCCUCGGCACGGCCGAGGCGCGAACUUUCUGCCCUACCGGCUGCACCUGCGACGACGACACCCUGGUGGUCUCAUGUGUGGGCGCUAAUCUGGACGUGAUACCGAUCGCGUUGAAUCCCAGCAUUCAGCGAAUAGUGCUGAAGGAGAAUCGCAUCAAGAUUGUGGACGCGGCAGCUUUCCAGUUCUAUGGUGAUCUGAAAAACGUCGAUCUCUCCAGCAACCACCUGUUUACCAUACCCAACGGCAGCUUCGACGCUCAGCGACACCUUGUAGAGUUGCAUCUGAAGCACAACAAGAUCUCGGCGCUGACCGAGAAGACGUUCCAGGGUCUGAAAUCCCUCACGGUACUGAAUCUGCGGGACAACUACCUAGAGACGUUGAAGAGCGGCCUGUUCUCCUAUCUAUCGAAGCUUGAGGAGCUCGAUCUGGGCCAGAAUCGUAUAUCGAAGGUGGAGGACGGCGCGUUUGAGAAAUUAGGCACUCUUCGGGUGCUAUAUUUGGACGACAACCAAUUACGAACUGUUCCGUCACCAGCUCUAGCGCCCUUAAACGCUCUCGCCGAACUUCACAUCGGUUGGAACGCCUUUUCGUCGUUACCGGACGACGCAUUCAAAGGUCUCGAGCAACUGGCAGUGCUGGAUAUUAUGAGUGCUGGAUUGGACAACAUCAGCGACGGAGCGUUUCGCGGCCUGAACGCUCUUCGUACCCUGAAACUGGGUGCCAAUAAGCUGCGCGAAGUGCCGACGAAGCAACUGGCGGUAUUGCCGCGUCUGGAAGAGCUCACCUUGGGUCAGAACUUCUUUACGAUCUUGCGUUCAGGCGCUUUUCAGGGUCUGUUGACGUUGAAGAAACUCGACGUGUCCGGUACCAAGCUGCUUACCACCGUGGAGAAGGGGGCUUUCUCGGACAACGCUAAUCUAGAGACUCUGGUAUUGAACAGCAAUAAACGACUGGCCACUAUGGAGGAUGGUUCCUUGGCUGGCUUGCCAAAUCUGAGGCAUUUAAUGUUACGCGACAACGCCUUCGUCACGUUCUCGGAGUCACUGGUCGCCUGGAACGAAUUACGCCGAUUGGAUCUCAGCGAGAAUCCACUGGUCUGUGACUGUAGUCAACUCUGGCUGGCCGAGAUACUCGUCCCGAGGAACUCAAGUCCGGUGAUAUGCGCCGAGCCGCCGGAAUCCAAAGGUAAACCCAUCAAGGGUAUGACGGCCGAUGAGUUAGGUUGCGCCUUUUCGGAUCCGCGCAAACAAGCGCUACUGGCAACGGUGUGUGCCGCCGGACUGGCACUUUUCACCGGUCUUGCAUUGAUCUUGUACUAUCGAUGUCGCAGACGCGUGCGGGACGCUCUCAAGGAUUACAAGUGGAAGAAUCGUGCGAUAUCGCGGAAGGAACAUGAAUACCAGAAAACCUUUUCCGACGACGAGUACAUUGUUCGCUCGGCGCAUGCUCAUCACCAUCACCAUCAUCAUCAGCCGCAAUCUCAAUCGGUGCCCACGCACCAUCAUCACCAUCACCUGCAACAGUUGCAGCAACAACAACAGCAACAGCAGCAGCAGCACGCACAGAUAGCGGCUGGUAUCAAGCCGAUACCGGUGACGGAACUGUAGCUAGA